UUCACGUCAACACCCACUGUUGUUUCUGCUUUUUUAAACCAGGAAGAUGGAUUUGCUCUCGAACAAAUGGAUAGUUAAUUUGCUAGUUUCUUGGUUUUUCAUCGGUGUCGGCUGUAAUUCAGUGGAAAAGAAGAUUUAUGUCCAUCUCAAUUACACUAUUCCCUGUGUGCGACUUCUCAAUGCAACACAUCAAAUAGGAUGCCAGUCCUCGCUGUCAGGUAACGUGGGCGUCCUUCAUGUGCUCGAGUCAGAGGAGAACGUUGACUGGGUUCUGGGGACUGGGGCCAAUCCUCCUUAUCUGGUCAUCCUGGAGUCUGCACUCUUUACCAGAUCCAUCAUGAUGAAGCUGAAGAACGGCUCCGGCAGGGUGGCAGGCGUCGCUGUUAUUAUGCCGAACACAAACCCGCUGGAGGGCUUCUCCCCACACACCUCCUGUCCCAACGAGAACACAGGUGUGUAUUCAGAGACCUACGAUCCAUCCUUGGCUCAUUGUAACGUGACCGUGUGGAACCCUUUUGGAAACGGCUUGUCCUAUGAGGAGUUCGAUUUCCCCAUCUUCUCCAUGAAAGACGACAAUGACACUCGGGUCAUCCGGCAGACCCACAAACUUUCUACUUGUGGUUUGGGCGUGGCGCAGCAGGCCAGUCAGCGCAGCCGACCCUCCUGGUUCCAGUAUCUGCUGCGCCAACAUGACCGGGCCAGCACUUCCAACGAUCUCACCAUGGGGAACUUUGUUACGAAGAAAAUGUAUUUGAUUCCGUACCAUGUGGUCCAGGGCGCGGCGCCCGCGCUGAAACAGCAGCUGAGACGAGAGGUUCUGCGUUCGCUCCACCGGGGUCUCUCCAAGCUCCUGUUCCCCGGCCUUCGACCUGAAGGAUCGCAUUUCCUGGUGGCGAGUCCCGACCUGGAGAUGAUGACGCUGGGUGUGGGCAUCGGCGUGCUGAUGGCCUCCCUCCUGCUGACGUACAUCAUGAGCUCGAAGGCCGACAUCCUCUUCAGCUCGGGACGGGAACCCGCCAACGCCACCUACUGAUCCAGACUGACCACUACUACUUCUAAUACUACUACUACUAUUUCUACAAGUACUACUUCUGCCCCACCCUGACAUGAACACGGUCUUUUCUUUAAAACACGUCACAAGUAGGUACACGGACAGGUUAGACACAGAAGCAGAGGUUUUUCUCUUUUUUUUUUUCUUCCGACUACUCCAUGUUUAAGGACUCACUCAGGUGAGGCGGGACAUGAAGACUGGACCGGACUGGACAGAUCUGGACUCAUCAGGGUCAAACAGGCCCUGUCAGUGGACAAGAUGUUAAUAUUUCUUUUUGUUUUAAAGGUUUUUUGUUUUCUCUUUUUAUUCUCAAAGAAUGUUUACUCUGUCCUGGGAUAGGCACUAAACAUUGAGCAUUACUUUGAACAUAUGUGUCUGAUUGUGAAUAUGUAAAUGUGACCGAGUGUGUGAGUGUGUAGGAGAUGAUUAUCAGUGUGUGUGUGUGUGUGUGUGUGUGUGUCUGAACCUUGAAUGAGGAUUGCGAUGGUAUGUGCAAUACUGGUAGCUGUCUUCUCUGUCAUUAUAGUUAACUUAUCAAUCAGUUCUAAUAAGAAGAAACCACUUUUUUGAGUCAGUGAACAAGUAGUUAAAUUUAAGUUUUUUUUGCUAAUUCUGGAAAUGUGUGGUGGCGUUUUUGAUAAGUUUUCGGUUCUUGGACAACAAUCCUAAAUAUUUAUAUUUGCGGAGUCCCAGUACACAUAUAAAUACUACACAUGAAUGUAGUGGUAGACCCACUGCAAUUUCACAUAUUGUGAUAUUUGUGUGGAGAAGAAGAAUUCCCCCUGAGCACGGCAUGGCAGACACACUUUACUUUAUAUCGAUUCAAACGUUAAAUCCAGUCAGAAAAUCUUGUGUUUCGGCACGUACAAUGCGCUGGUGCUCUGGUUGUGCACUCCUUUUGGUUUAAACCUUUUUUAACAAGGUUUCUUUUAAUGAUGACUUUGUAAAGAAAAGUUUCAACACGCUGAAGGGUUUUAAUUAAUUUUGUUGUAAUGUAACGGCUGGAAUCAACGACCAAUUGUGAUGCCUUGAUGAAGAAAUAAACAUUGCUUUUUUUUCCAUUU